UGACACUACUUCAAUGAUUCAUUAACUAGGACAGAAGGUAAGAAACACAAUCAUAGCACUUCUUGAAGAUCUGUUGUAAACUGCCACAAUGAAUUUAAAGUUGUUCCUUGCGUGCUCCAUUGUCAGUUUUGUAACCGCCAAUAUAUCACUCCCCCAAAUAGUUGGUGGUUAUGGCCCUGUUCUUCCAGCAGGCGCUAAGAUUCAAAAACUUAUUAACCAGGUUCGCUCUGACGCUGAACGUGAAGCUGAACGUGAAGUUGGUGAAAAGUUUUCUGUAUACGUGGCAGAAAAGUACAGAGUACAAAGUGUAGCAGGCACCAAUUACUUAAUUAAGGUGUAUGUUGGUGGUGGAAAAUAUGCUCAUCUUUUGGUGUUCGAACCACUGCAGUACCCUAAGAAACCACCCGUACUCAAUGGCAUAAAACUCAAUAAGAAGUACGAUGAUCCACUUGAAGUCUUUUAAAUUCUUUCUUACUUUUUAGUUAUAAGCUAAAUUACAAUGAUAUGGUAAUUGUUGUAAUGAUUAAAUAAAAAUUGUAUUGCAUUAAAA